AAUCCUCCUUUUCCCAUCGUGCCUUGGGCCACGGAGCUCGGAGUGGACCCGGAAGUUCCGGGUGGAGUUCCGGGUGCCAACACGUCUUCUGACUGGAGUAAUGGCCGCGCUCUGUCUCUUCGAUGUGGAUGGGACCUUGACUGCCCCGCGGCAGAAAAUUACAAAAGAAAUGGAUGACUUUCUACAAAAAUUGAGGCAGAAGACCAAAAUUGGAGUGGUAGGUGGGUCAGAUUUUGAGAAAGUACAAGAACAACUGGGAAAUGAUGUGGUUGAGAAAUACGAUUAUGUGUUUCCAGAGAAUGGCUUGGUGGCAUACAAAGAUGGGAAGUUUUUGUGUAAGCAGAGUAUUCAAGGUCAUUUGGGGGAGGCAGUGAUCCAAGACCUGAUCAACUACUGUCUGAGCUACAUUGCAAAAAUUAAACUUCCUAAGAAAAGGGGAACUUUCAUCGAAUUCCGAAAUGGCAUGUUGAAUGUGUCCCCUAUUGGAAGAAGCUGCAGCCAAGAAGAACGAAUUGAGUUCUAUGAACUUGAUAAAAAAGAAAAUAUACGACAAAAAUUCGUGGCAGACCUGAAGAAGGAGUUUGCAGGGAAAGGCCUCACAUUCUCCAUAGGUGGCCAAAUCAGCUUUGACGUCUUUCCUGAUGGAUGGGACAAGCGGUAUUGCCUGAAACACCUAGAAAAUGAUGGUUACAAAACCAUUUAUUUCUUUGGAGACAAGACUAUGCCGGGUGGCAAUGACCAUGAGAUCUUCACAGACUCCAGAACUGAGGGCUACACAGUGACUGCACCAGAGGACACACGCAGGAUCUGUGAGGAGCUCUUCCCUUAACAUCAGAGGAAUGGGGUCCUGGCCAACAAGACUGAAAGGUCCCUCGGGGUCAGGGGUCACUUAGGGCCAGAGCUGGAGUCCUCCUCAUGUGCAUAUGCCCCUAGCCUCCAGCCAGGCUGUCCUCAUGGGUCUAAACACACAAGGACUACAGGUCACCUCACUGGGC